GGAGGAGGGUUUGUGUGCUUGGAGGGAAGUUUAACCCAAACAGUCAAGCGGCUAACGUGGAUAAACAAAUGGUGAAUGUUUUUAGAGUCCGAAAACAACACCCCUCCAAGUAUUUAAGGGGCUGAACUACUAACUUAUAGUUAAUUGUUGGCUAACUGGAUAGAAAAAUGUAGUUCGACGUGUGCAAGGAGCUAAUCGGUUUUUUGAAGCUUCUCAGUAGCUAUUAGCUCCGCUAGCUAACGUUAGCCUAAAAUAAAAGUUAUCCGUAGCUUGCUGCUCGGGUUUACGCUGUGUGCGAAAUCGGACGAUGCCGAUACACGAUCAUAGAUAAUUUGUAAACGGACAGCACUGGUCAUGGAUCGAAGGACGGGGAGGCUGGAAAGUCAACUGUGUAAAGCUGUAAACGAUGGAGACCCGAGAUCUGUGCAGCUGCUUCUUUUGCACGGUGCAUGUCCUGACCUUGUGGGUAGUAAAGGGGUGUCUGCGAUACACUUGGCUGUUGGCAAAGAGACUGAGAAGAACACACGCUGCUUGAAAAUGUUGCUGCAAUAUGGAGCAGACCCCAAUAUCAGGUCAUCAGAGGGCCUGACUCCUCUUCAUGUUGCUGCACUGUGGGGAUGUUAUCAAAAUUUGAAGAUGCUCUUGAUGAAUGGCGGGGACCCAAACACUAAAGAUAAUGAGGGAAAUACACCAGGGCAGCUUGCAGAGCAACAGGAGAAUCGAAAAUGUGCCCUGCUACUUCAGGAGUACCAGGCCAGCUCAGUGGACACAGAGGAGGACGACUUGCCUCAAUUCCAGUACUCUGUGUAUUCAGACCAAACGGACAUGUCCAGCUAUCCUGAAUCCGACUACAGCUUCAGUUCCCACUCAUCUGUGAUAACUGACUUUGGCGAGGGCCCGUUGAGCAGUACAAGGCGCUCAUCAUUUUUAAACCUGUCUAACAUUAAUGGGAGGCCAAGUUACAGAGGAAUAUCAUAUAACAGACUCUCUGAUCGGGACACUAUGAGGCAUCACAGCCAGGACUGGAACAUUUCCUCUGAACAUUGGGCAUCUGAAGGUACCUCCAUACUGUCAAGCACUCGCAUAUCUGCAGUGGGACUUGCAUAUCCAAUGCCAAUUCUUAAGGAGGAUGCCUUGUUUACUGACAAUGGUGGGUUCACAGCAAAAGCACAUGAACAUGCUGCUAACACUAAUGGCAGAAUCUCUCCCUCCAGAAGAGACACUCUCCCAGCAUUCCCCUCCAGGCGAACGAGCCGCAAGAGUGUGAGCUUCAGGGAUGUUGAUGAAUAUUUCCCUGUUUUUAGUCCUGAAUCUCCAAAAAAGCAGCCUUCUGCUGAUGGCAACCAGUGCACCAGUGACUUACCCUUUGACCUUUCUGAGUACACUGACUUCCUGGAUUCAGAACGCAUGGCCACUGUUUUACACAAGCAGGGCAUUGAUGUCACAUCACCGGAUCAUGUUUAUGUUUUCUGCAGGGAGAGCAGCGCAAGGUCUGAAGAAGACAUGGAGAAAACAGUCAUUAGUCAUUGUGAUUUGGAAGAGAGUGAUGAUGAGCAGGAGGGGGAAAAUAUAAAAGAGACUCAGGUGGAUAUACCUGUACAGCCAACACAUUCAUGUGGGGGCAGCAGUAGCAGCGGGACAACUAGUAGUCAUUACAGUAGCUGUGAGAGUGACCAUUACACCAGUGCUCUGGAUGCUUCCAUACACCCCAGGCAUGAUUUACUCCCAGUAGAAGAGGAGGCUUCUGUUGGGGCUGAAUCUGACAAAAAGCCUGAGAUUUCUACAGACUCUGAUUCUGAAUUUAUGAGGCGAGAUGGGAACCUCACACCUCUUCCACCCCAGAUAGAUUCAACACCUGAAACUAUAGAGCAUUUACCAGGUGGCCUUGAUAAGCUGACCUUGUAUGGAGUAAAACACCCAAACAAUGAUGUAUUCGCUAGUAGUGGUCCUGUUGUGGAUACUACAAGUGAAGAUGGGGUUGACAAGGUAGCUACAAAGCUAACAACAGACACCAAAUCUGAUGACGCAGUUGAGGUAUUGGAAGAAAUAGCUGAUCUUCCAUUUACACCCAGUCCUUUUGUAACCGGCAGGACUCGCUCGAGGUUGAGUCGCUGCUCGCUGAGAACAAGCAGAACGCCUGACAGCCUCCUCUUCACAUCUUCUCUUUUUGAGGAGACCCUACCUACACCUGUUCGAACAAGCCGCCAGACGCCCAGGUGUCAGAGCAGUGAAGACUAUAACAGUUCACCACAUGCACUUUAUUAUACAUCAUCCUAUUCAGGGGGUAGCACAGGAGGAGACUGCAUGCCUGCAGAUUGCCAGGACACGCAGUCCAGCACCCUGAGAGCUGGUUCAAGUGAUAGCAAUAGCCAAGCGGAUACCCUCAUCCUCUCUAAGAGUGUAACUGGCAGUGCCACUGAAUCACAGACUUUAUCUGAUACGGUCGUACUGGCGAAAAACCAGGACUCUUCAGUGGAUGCUUAUGAAAGAAACCUUGCAGAGAUUGUACUUGCUAUACAAGGCCAAGACAAGGAUCUUGCUGAAGGUAGGGAUUUUUUGACCGAUGAUUUGACAAGUACAGAUGGUACAGAGGCAAAAACAAAGGGAGAUGUAAAUGAUGUCCAUGUUGAGGGCAGAGUGGACAGGCUAAAAAACGAAGAUGUCUGGAUCACUGACGACUAUAGCUCUCAGCUGGAGUCUGUUACAUCUUCAUCCAGCUCCAGCUAUUUUUCCCCAAGGAGGUCCAGGGAAGACUCUGACCUUCCGUGCACCCCAGGCACCGGAUGCACCCCCAGGUACAGCAUGAGCAGGCUGUCAAGCUGCUGCAGGCCGCAGCCCCUGGCUAACCUGUCUUAUACACCUGGAGGGCGUCCGCUCAUUCAGGAUCUGGACGAACCAGUGGAGUACCUCUACACUGAUACAGAACAGGGCCACAAGUUGAUUGAGACCCAUGUUCCGCCAACAGCCAACACCUCACUCAGCUCCAGCAUGAGUACUACCAGUGGUGAGGAGACCAUCCUUUAUGACUGGCGUUCCAUGCAGGCUGACGUGAAGAGCAACAGAGGAAAAGAGAACCAGAACCCCCAGAUGGUGCUGCAGAAAGAGAAAAAUGACGAGGGUGAGACAAAAGGGAUGACUGACAAGGAGCUGAGAAUGAGGCUAAUAGAGCUGGGGGAGAGUCCAGGUCCCAUCAGCAGCCGUACCAGGCCCACCUAUAUGCGAAGACUGUGCCGUCUGUUGCAGGAGUCAAACUCCCAAUCUGCAGAUUUAGCUUAUAGUCCAGAAUUGUGUCGGGCCCUGCAGAUGUUUGAGCUGCCCGAUUGCCAGGCUGACGAGCAGGCUUUGUGCCAGCAGUUUGACCAACCAGAUCAAAACAGAAAGUGGAGGGAGGGCAUCAUCAAGUCCAGCUUCAACUACCUGCUGCUCGACCCAAGAGUGACGAAAAACCUCCCUUUCCGCAGUCACACCAUGACUCCACAGGAGUGUUUCCAGACAUUUAUCCACGCUAUAUUUUAUGUGGGCAAAGGAAAACGCUCCCGCCCCUACAGCCACUUGUAUGAGGCUUUAGAGUACUACACAGGGGACAAGACCUCCAAGAAAUUGUGCCCUAAAGUGCAGCACAUCCUUCAGGUGUGGAACGCCGGGCAGGGCGUCAUCUCUCUGCAUUGUUUCCAGAACGUCAUUCCAGUGGAGGCUUACACAAGAGAGGCCUGCAUGGUGGAGGCCAUCAGUCUGAAGAUGCUCACUAAUCAGAAGCGAGGCGAUUUCUAUGGCGUGGUGUCCAAUUGGCAGGUGAAGCGGAAACGUGAGCUGGGUGUCCAUCUGCUCUACCGGGCCAUGCAGAUCUUCCUGGCUGAGGGUGAGAGACAGCUCAGACCAGCAGAUAUCAGACAGUAGCGACCCCCACCUAAGAGGGGUAUGAACACGAGCAAAAGACCAACGCACAGAGGGGGAAAAUACCACUAGUUCAGGUUAUAAACCAAUCCAGGGUUGAACAACUUUGCACCCCAAAGUGGGUUGGGAUUUACAACACUGGGAUCCCUUGAGCUGUUACCCGUCAUUUAAUUGUCUUUCUGCUACAAAUGAGCUCGGAUCACUCCCUCCCUCAGCAAAAUAUAUUUUUGUCACAUUUGACUUUCUCUGGUAAUAUUUUCAUCCUUUGAGCUUGUCAGUGAGAUCAUCUUGCUUGUUUUCCAUUUUAAAAUGUCUACUUAAAGAUUCCACUAUUAGAAAUGUGUUAAUAUCGAAGCUGCCUGAUUUCUGUUUUGCAUUCAUUUAAUUUUGUAUGUAUGCUUUAUGUGGAUUGGGGAUUUAUUACCUCAAUAUAUUGCUCAGAUGAGAUAAAAAAAAAUAAUGAUUCCACAUAAACUUACGUUGGAAUGAUAUAAUUGCGCCUAAAUUAAGGAAAAAUGAAGAUGAAUGAACAUGAAUAUGAUGUGGAUGUCAAAAUUGUAACUGCAGGUCUUUCAAAGUUAUUUUCCGAAAACAUUCUUCCCAGUGGGACACAUUUCUCCUCAUCUGGUGUAGUACUAAUGACUUUUUCAGAUUGAUACACAACCAAAUUCAAAUAUGUUAUGCGGUAUAAUCAAUUUAGCUGGUGCUACAUUAUACACGUGACAAGUACAUAGGACAAGUACAUAAACAAGUCGAAACAUAAUGUCUUCAGAGUAUUUGCCAAAGAGGCCGAGAAAGUGGUAUUGACAAAGUAAGCCUGUUAGUUAAUCAUGUUACUUUUGUAGUGUUAAAAAAAAACGAUGGUGGUUAAUUUAUCAGAGGCCGGUAAUUGGUACUUAGUGUGAUAGGUUUCAUGAAUAAAUCAACAAUGAAGUGUAAAGUUUUAGAAACUUAAUGUUUGUUAAAAUUUGAUAUAAUUUGUUUACAUGGCUGGAUAUCCAUUUCAUUUACUUUACCAUUUUGUUAGUAAAAAAGAUAUAUGUAUUGCAGGCAAGCCAAUGAUGUGGGAUCUGUUGUUUGUAUGUGUACAGUUCUUUUAAAAAUGUCAAUAUUAGCAGAUGUUAUGUAGAAACAGGACGCUUGUGUUUGUCAAUAGUACGUCUGCACUUAAAAUGUUAAGUUGUCAAAGUUAGUAGCAGAACUUUGUUAUUUCACAUGCUGUAGUGACCAGUGUAGAAUAUUCACACUGGGGUUAUAGAUGUCAAAGUCUCUUUUCUUUUCUUUCUUUUUUUUUUUUUUUUGCUAUUGAAAUCAGAUGAGAAAUUGAGAUUUGUGAAUCAAAAUAACCUCCAAUUUAAACUGUCUUUUCUUGAAAAAUUGGCUCACAGGUCUAUGUUUGAAACAUUAAUGACCAGGGUGGUCGGCUUCAAAGCCAUUCAUUAUCUCCUCAGGGUAUUACACUUCAUCAAUUAUCUGGAGGCUGCACAUAGACUUUAUUUCAUGCUAAAGGCUUUAGGAUUAUAAAUUUCAAACAUAAAUUUGUACUUAAGAAAAAAAUAUAUUUUUUUAUAUUCUCAAUUCCGAGGUUGAUUUGAGACCAUCAUACAGGAAACUAAAAUACCUGAUCAAUAGUAUUAACUUUUAAUGUGAAAUUAAUUGCAUGGAAAUAAUUACCUCUAUUAAUUAAACUUUAAAAUCAUUUUAACAGUACUUUGAUUAAGUGAGCAGACACCUUUUCAGGUUUCCAUAGUUAUAAAUACAAAGCCCCUUCAUUGUGAUUGAUGUUUGAUUUGUUUCCUUGAUUGAUUGUCGAAAAGUGUCUGUCAGUCAUGUAACCUCACAUGGAAUAAUUUCUGCACACAUGUAAUGAAGUGCAUUCUUUUCAUUAUGAUCACUAAUUUCUGGUGUUACUGCUAUGUUUCCCCCCUU